AUGUCGCGUUUCCACCUACACAACACCGUCAAAGUCGGCGAACUCACCCAGAACCAAGUCCUCGACCUGACUGCUCAAUUGGAUUCCAUGAAGAUUGAAAACCACCUGAGACGGCAAGUGCAGCAAGAUAUCACAAGACUGAGAGAUACGGGGACAUAUAGAGGACGCAGACAUGCUAUGAAUUUGCCAGUCAGGGGACAGAAUACGAGGAGCCAGAUCAAAACGGCUAGGAAACUUAACAAGGCGGAGCGGUAUUAG